UUGGCCGGGCCGAGGCCGGUCUGAGGGAAGGAGGCAAGAUGGUUCUGGAGAGCACCAUGGUGUGUGUGGACAACAGUGAGUAUAUGAGAAACGGGGACUUUUUACCCACUCGCCUGCAAGCCCAGCAAGAUGCUGUCAACAUUGUGUGCCACUCGAAAACCCGCAGCAACCCCGAGAACAACGUGGGGCUCAUUACCUUAGCCAAUAACUGUGAAGUGUUGACCACGCUCACCCCAGACACAGGCCGGAUCCUUUCAAAGCUACACACGGUGCAACCCAAAGGGAAAAUUACCUUUUGUACAGGGAUCAGAGUUGCUCACCUGGCUUUAAAACAUCGUCAAGGCAAGAAUCACAAGAUGCGAAUCAUUGCCUUUGUGGGGAGCCCUGUAGAAGAUAAUGAGAAAGAUCUGGUGAAGUUGGCAAAGCGUCUUAAGAAAGAGAAAGUCAACGUGGACAUAAUCAAUUUUGGAGAAGAGGAAGCCAACACAGACAAGCUCACUGCCUUCAUUAACACCUUAAACGGCAAGGAUGGGACCGGCUCCCACCUGGUGACAGUGCCUCCGGGGCCGAGCCUAGCUGAUGCCCUCAUCAGCUCCCCAAUUCUGGCCGGGGAGGGUGGUGCCAUGCUGGGCCUCGGGGCCAGUGAUUUCGAGUUUGGUGUGGAUCCAAGUGCGGACCCGGAACUGGCUCUGGCCCUGCGGGUCUCCAUGGAGGAGCAGAGGCAGCGGCAAGAGGAGGAGGCCAGGAGGGCUGCGGCCGCCUCUGCAGCUGAGGCUGGGAUCGCAGCCACUGGAGGGGAUGAUUCAGACGAUGCUUUGCUGAAGAUGACGAUAACUCAGCAGGAGUUUGGCCGUGCUGGGCUGCCUGACCUCAGCAGCAUGACGGAGGAGGAACAAAUCGCCUACGCCAUGCAGAUGUCACUGCAGGGAGCGGAGUUUGCCCAGGCAGAGGCAGCGGAAGUGGACAGUAGCACAGCCAUGGACACAUCUGAACCCUCUAAGGAGGAAGAUGACUACGACGUGAUGCAGGACCCUGAGUUCCUGCAGAGUGUGCUGGAGAACCUGCCCGGCGUUGACCCUAACAACGAGGCCAUCCGCAACGCCAUGGGCUCCCUGGCCUCGCAGGCCUCCAAGGAGAGCAAGGACAAAAAGGAGGAGGAGAAGAAAUGACAGCGCUGGGGCUGGGUCUCGCUGAUGGGCGGGCGGUGAGUCGGUCUCGCAUGUUCUGGCCGGGUAGCUUCAGCCUAGCCGUCGCCCUUGGGUCGAGCGCGGAGGAGCCCGCUGCAAGGCAACAGGGGUAGGGGCUGGGUUUCCGUGAUGUAACAGGUUAAUAAAAGCCUUUAACGUUG